UUGACCGUCACCAUGGAGAGAGCUUACUGUAGUAAAUUAUUUUAUAAUUCAAUAUUUGUUGCGUUAAUUUAGUGAAAUUUAUAUUCUCGUCAUACUCAUUGUUGUUAUGAAGAUUCGUUCCCCAUAAGAUACGAUGAAAUCGUAUCCCGCAGCUAACAAUCGUCAAAACACGGCGACUUGUAAAUUUUUCUAACAUUAUUGUUGUUUUUCUAUUUCAGGAUGAAUGGAGGGAUGGAGCAUAAAGCUUCAGGUCACAAUGCUGUGCUUCAUAAAGCACCUAAAAACUAUAAACUGCUUAUGGACCCAUUUCUUGUGAAAGGAGCAAUAAAAUUGUACAGAUAUGAUGGGAUAGUUCCAGGAGACUCUUCAUAUCCCCCUGUGCAAUGCAGAGACCCCAGGUCGCAGCUGUCGAGAAUCUGGAAUAGAUUGGAGCCAGCGGAUUUGCCAGUUCCUAGAUUCAAAAUAGACAAAAAUUAUGUAGGAACUCCCCCACAGCUAGAAGUAACAAUAGCUAAUUUAAAUGACAACAUAGAUAAGGCUUUCUUAGCCGAUAUGAUGAACAAAAUCGGUCCCUAUGAAGAGCUGACUAUAUUCUACCAUCCAAUAACAAACAGGCACCUGGGAUUUGCUCGAGUAGUAUUCCAAGAUGUAAAAUUUACUAAGCUAUGUAUAGAAAAAUAUAAUGGGAAGUCUGUCAUGGGUCAGGUGCUAGAAGUCUUCCAUGAUGCCUUUGGCAAGAGAUGUCAAGAGUUGUUAGAUGAUAAAACUCUGGAGAAGAAGCCGCAGCCCCUGCCCACCAUUGCAAAACCACCUCUGGUGGAGGAUGUGAGGCCACAGAAGGUGGACCCUACCCUCAGCAAGAGAUUAGAGGAAACCAAGCUGACUGAAAAGGAGGCAUACCCGCGAAGCUACAAAGACGUAGAGCACAGCGACAGCAACACGCGAUGGUCGGACGAGGAGCGCGAGUACCGCCGCCACGACCGCCACCGCAGUCGCUCUGAGCGGGAGCGGGACAAAGACCGUGAGCGGGACAGAGACCGGGACAGGGAGCGGGACAGGUACAGGGAGCGUUACGCGCGCAGCACCAGUGAGACGAGCGAGGUGCCGUUCGCGGCCCCCAGCCACGCGCCCGAGGUGCCCUACACGCCGGCGCAACCCGUCACUUACGACCCCUACUACCAACCGGGGUACGGGUACAGCUACCCCGCCCCCGCAGCGACGCCGGGCGGCAGCGUGUGGUGGCACGACUGGAGGCACGCGCACCACACGCCGCAUCACCACCCACAUUUGGAGCGGCGAGCGAGCACCACACCCGCGUGGACCGCGUCCACGCCCGCGCCCAAGGAGCGCGUCUCGCCCGAAGUCAAGGAGAAAAAAGAAAAGGAAAAGGAGCCUGCUGUGGACACUCCAAGUAAGAGUGUGGAGGUGGUGGAGCCGCGGCCGCCGGAGGACACGUCAGACGCGAAGGAGCCUGAGCCCAAGCCGCCGCCACCAGCUGAGGAGCCCAAGAAUGUUGAUCUCGAUACUAGAAUAGCGAUGCUGCUGAAGGGCGCGAGCGGCGGCGGUGGGCUGGCGCCGCCCUUCCUGUCGCUCAACAUGUCCAGCGAGGAGGAGGAUGACGAGCGCCUGCCCACCAAGAUACCCGACCUCGACGCACACCACCCGCCCUCGGACGAUGAAGGUUCAGGCAGUGAAGACCGGGAUAGCAUCAUAUCGUUCAACACGAAGAGGGAACCGGAGUCGGAGCCACUGUCCACGACGCCCUCGCCGUACCUGUCGAGAGAGUUCUACCUCGAGUGUCUUAAAAUCACCGUUGAAAGGAAAGUGAAAGAGGCGGAGCGUAGGAAGUUCCCCCUGAUGGACAAGAUCGGGUCGGACAUCUCGUCGUCUGAGGACGAGCUAUUGACGGGCGAGGAGCCGCGCCGCUCGCCCGCCGCGCCUCCCGACAACCACCACGACCGGGACAACCUCGACGACGACCAGAUGUCGCUGUCGUCGCUGUCGUCAACUGAAGCCAAGAUCGAGGAGCAGGUCCCGGCGGACGCAUACUACUACCCGGCCGCAGCGCCGCCCGCCGCGCCCGCGCACCACCCCUACUACGCGCACAUGUGGGCGCCGACUGCGUACCCUCCCCCCGGGUACCCGGCGCCGGAGAUAGCACUGGCGUACGGCGCGGGUUUCACGGCGCCGCCCAUACUCACGCAUCACUACCAGCCCUACACGGAGCCUGUGCAUCCAGUACCGGAAUGCGACAACCCGCACUACCCGACGAUCAAUAGCGUGAUAGAGCGAGUGACGGCAGAGCUGAAGAUGAUUCUCAAGAAGGACUUCAACAAGAAGAUGAUCGAGAGCACGGCGUUCAAGAACUUCGAGCUGUGGUGGGACGAGCAGAGUCGCAAGAACCGGCAGACUGUCAAGCCUAAGGAGGAGGGGCAGCCGCUGCAGGACAUCUCAAACAAGAAGGAAGAGGCGGUAGACUCAAUCAAGUCGAUCAUGGAGUCCCGCGAUCUGGGCCUAGAGCUGGGCGGCUAUGGCGCGGGGCUGGGCCUGCGCGCCGCCAUACCCAAGAUGCCCAGCUUCAGGCGCAAGCGCAAGAUACCCUCGCCCGUGCAUAUCGACGACGACUCCAGCAAGCGGCUUAGCGACCAGGAGGAGAUGGUGCAGAACUCUGACGAAGAGAAGGAGGUACCGACGAGUCCGCGGAACAGGACGACUGGCUCAUAUCUGUCCCGGAGCAGACGGCGGCAGUCUAGCAGUUCCUCUAGAUCGUCGUCAUCGUCGUCGAGUCGAUCGUCAUCGGAAACAGAGUCGGAGCCGGAGCGCAAGGGCGCGGCCCCGCGGAUAUACUCCGAGUCGGACGAUGACUCCGACCUUGACGAGGCUGAGCUCAAAGUGGUGUCGAACAAGGAACGACUCAGGAGAGUGUAUUCAUCUUCUUCAGACAGCGAAGAGGAACAAAGCAGGAGAGAAAAGACCCCAAUACCUCAAGUGGAGGCUUCAGACGACCGACUGGGCUCUCCUAUCCUGUCACCAGAAGAAGAACCGAAGGAUAUCCUACUGGACAGAGUGUACUCGGAUUCGGAAGAGGAGAGAGAAUACCAGGAGAGAAGAAGACGGAACACAGAGUAUAUGGAACAGAUCGAGAGGGAGUUCUUGGAAGAACAGAGGCAGAAGCAGGAGUCAGACCGGCCGCAGCCUGAAAAACCGCCUGACGAAAGCAAACCCGAGAAGGCAGCUAAUAGUAAAGCUGAAGAACCCAAGAGCAGUCCGCUCAAGAAUCACGUCAAGUCUCCUGAAAAGAGCAAGCUGGACACUGAAAUGGAAGAAGGAGAGAUUACGUCAGAGGAGGAACCGGUGCGACGCAAGGAUGCAAGGAAGAAGGGAGACAAGCGGCAGCGGAUCGUGUCUGUUAGUGAGCACAGCAACACUGACGCUGUUAGUGUUAACGGGGUUAAGGAGAUCAGCAGCGCUCUGUCGGAGACAUCGUCGCCACAGUCGCAAGCUUCACAAGCGUCUCAGGCGUCUCAGGUGGCGCUCGACCACUCAUACUGCCGGCCGCCGCCUGACGACGAGGAGGACACGAGGAGAAGACCAUCCAACCAUCUACAACAUGAUCAUGGCUACACAUGGAUGGCGGAACCGGAGCUGGACUCGCCGAUGGAGGAAGUCAAACCGAAGGAGAAGACCAAGCGGCCGUACAAACGCAAGUACGAGACCAAGAAGUUGGCCGAGAUACAGAACAAGAUCUUCGAGAGAAGCGAAGACUACGAUAAGAUGCUCCACCCGAACGUGACCUUCAAGCCGCGCGACAUAAUGGCUGAGAUGCAAGUGAUGUACGAAUUCCUGACGCGCGGCAUCGACAGAGAGGACGUGGAGUACUUGAGACGCGCGUAUGAGUCGCUACUAGCUGAGGACGCGCAGGGAUACUGGCUCAACGAUACGCAUUGGGUCGACCACUCGCCCACUGACGUGUGCUAUAGCCCGCCCAAGAAGAAGUCUAAGAGGCAUAAUAAUAUUUAUGAAGAUUUACAGGGUCACUCCAGCGGUUCAGCGCGCACGGAAGGGUACUACAAGAUGGACGCGCGCCUGAAGGCCAAGUACAAGUACCACCACGGACGCAGCUCAACGAUUACGAUGGACGCACCGGCACAGGAGGACAAGAACAAAAUGCUGGCCUCCAAGAUGCAGCUGCUGUCCCGAGAGGCCAGGUCCAACCAGCGCCGACUGCUAACUGCUUUCGGUACAGACACAGAUUCGGAUCUGCUGAAAUUCAACCAGUUAAAGUUCAGGAAGAAGCAGCUCAAAUUUGCCAAGUCUGGCAUUCACGACUGGGGUCUUUUUGCGCAGGAACCAAUCGCCGCGGACGAGAUGGUGAUCGAGUACGUGGGCCAGAUGAUCCGGCCGAUCGUGGCGGACGUGCGGGAGGCGCACUACGAGGCCACCGGCAUCGGCAGCUCGUACCUGUUCCGCAUCGACCUGGAUACCAUCAUCGACGCUACCAAGUGCGGCAACCUCGCGCGGUUCAUCAACCACAGCUGCAAUCCGAACUGUUACGCGAAGAUUAUCACAAUAGAGUCUCAGAAGAAAAUCGUCAUCUACUCGAAGCAGCCAAUUGGCGUCGACGAGGAGAUCACGUACGACUACAAGUUCCCGCUCGAGGACGAGAAGAUCCCCUGCCUCUGUGGAGCGCCGCAGUGCCGCGGCUUCCUCAACUAAAUGUCGCUUGCCUGUGUCGCGGGCCCGGCUAAGUAAGUGCUUAGAGCGAGACGUUGAUUGGUAUUCGUCGAAAGAGUCGUGGAAAAAUCAUGGAUGAAAUAUUAGUAAUCUGUAUAAAUAACAGUUUAUUGAAAAUAGCAAUACAAUUGUUCCUUGAUACUUCAACAUAAGACUGCGAUUAUUUCGCCUUGCAAGAGUUGUGAACCGUUAUGUAUUUUACAAUCAAUCGAGCUGAGCUCUAUCAUCCUGAAUGUCAACUGAAAUGACAAACUCGUAGCAGAUAAGCGCUACUCAAUGCGGUUUCGGAAACUGCCUCAAACGAAUAUGAAUUUUUAGUGGUUUUUAUGUAAAAAUAAUGAUAUAUAUGUGUGACUGUGAAAUAUUGUGUGAUUUCAUUAUUUAAUAUUGAAACCAGUGGAUAUGUAUGUUGUAAUAAAAGCAGUUGAAUGAUUCUUGUAUUAUAACGGCACUGUUUUGACUGAGUCUAAUAUAACUACAGGCAAAGCAACGUGCUAUGUAAUUUGUGUUGUACAUUGUUUUGUGAAUAAAGAUCUCUGCUAUUACGUCAGAUUUAUGUAGUACACUUUUCAAGUACAUGAUCUUGUUAAUGAAGUAAUAUUCGAAAGAAAACCGUAUUAUGGGUGUUGUUUCUCUGUCUUUGAUUACUCUCCCGAUAUUAGUGUCUUCAAGAGGAAUGUAAUAAUUCGUGAUCUGCGAUACAAUCUUUCCGACUACACUUCAUAUACUUAAUGUAAUGUAAAAUGUAUGUAUAAGCUGUAAAUAAAAGAUUUCAACAAUUUUAA